UUAUUAUUUUAUUAAUUUGUUAUUAUUAAACGGGACGGACCCAAUAUAGGUAAAUCAGAAAUCUUAAAGCUAACAUUGGUACUUAAGUUAAGUACCUAACUUAACAGUAUAAAUUAUAAAAACUUCAAUAUGGUACCUAGUGAUAACUGAUAAAUAUUACAUUAACGGGGAUUGGUUUAGUCCUUAAAUAGAAACGACGGAUUCUCGAUCGCUAUUCUCAUUUCUCAUCAUUCAUAAAAUAAAACUGUUUUGCAAAUAAUUCACAGAACAAAUAAAAGGCACAAAUAUUGAAAAAUAUUUCAUACCAAUAGAUAGCGCAACUUAUAAUAUACACUCACAACUCCGAACCAUGAUUUUUUUCUAAGGCCGUGAUAUCAACAGUAUAAUAUAAUCAUGUUAUUGUUAUGAUUAGUCAUUGAUGAUAUUUGAUAAGCGCCAUGUGCCGAGUCUUUCACCGUCAGUUUCUUAGAUCAUUAUUCAUUAAAUUAUAUUUUCUACAAUUUUUUAUACCGUUAUGGUAAACACUCUCGGAUGAUCAGUAUAAACAAAACAAAUCUUAUUUUUUUAAAUUUGAAAUCUCAAUUCUCAACCACCCUUGUACAGUUAUCUCAAGUCGUAAUUACAAUACUUGGAAAGUUAUUCAUCUUUAAAAAAUGAAUUCAACUCGUGAAAUUAUAACAUUGCAAUUUGGUCACUAUUCUAAUUUUAUUGGCACACACUUCUGGAAUUUACAGGAAGCAAGUUUUACUUAUGAUGAAAACAGUAAGCCACUAGAAAUAUGUCAUGAUGUCUUGUAUAGGGAAGGUGUUAAUUUAAAGGGCGAGGUAACCUAUACUCCUCGUAUGCUGUGUGUUGAUCUCAAGAACAGUUUUUACCAAUUACCGGAUGUACAUAGAGGCUUAUAUGAUUUAAAUUGUAGCAAUAUAGAUGAAGAAAUACUGAAUUGUUCAACUAAAAUUCAAACUAUUCAAGAAGAAAAAAUUCCUAGCAAUGAAUUUUUUUCAGACUUAGCUAAACAAGAACUAUUUAUAGAUGAUGGCGAUGAGAAAAUAAAUAUAGCCGAGAAAGUAUACGACUUAGAUAAUGAUGUUAAAAUUUGGUCAGAUUUUUUGAAAGCUCGUUUUCAUCCAAGAACUAUUACAUCAAUUGAUGAGUAUAAACAUAAUGAUUCAAGUAAUGAGUUUAAUAACUUUUCUCAAGGUCUUACAGUAUGGGAUUCAUAUAAAAUGAAGGAAACUUGGACUGAUAAUUUAAGACUAUAUGCAGAAGAAUGUGAUUAUUUACAGGGAUUUCAUAUUUCAAUGGAUUCAUUGAAUGGUUUUGGCGGUUUGGCUUGUAAAGCUUUAGAAUACCUAAAAGAUGAGUAUUCUAAUAAAAAUAUUAUUGCUAUGCCUGUAAUGUCAGAUAAUUAUAUUCUUGAAGACGAAAAUUCUGAAUUACAAGCAGUUAACACCUCAUUAUUAUUUUCUUCACUGUUCGAUCAUUCAAAUAUGUUUGUACCAUUGACUACAUCAUCUGGAGGAUGGACAAAGAGCCAAAAUCAUCUUAAUUUGGAUUACUUAUCUUACAAAAACAAUUUAGAUUAUCAUUCCAGUGCUAUUUUAGCAUCAGCUAUAGAUACAUUUACAUUGGGCUAUAGAAGUCGUUCAGACAAUGAUAGUAUGCAAAAUAUUUGUACUAGGUUGACCCCUUUAGGCCGAAAGGCUGUAUCAGCUUCAAUACAACUACCUCUUGGGUUUGAUUCAAAGUCAAAUUUACUUGACUACUUACAGAAUGCAAAAUUACCCUUAUGGCAACCAAUUUCACCUCAUUGUACUACAGAAAUGUCUGUAGCUCAAACAAUCGUUAUGAGAGGCAUAACUAAAAACAUGCUAUAUUCUAAUAAUCUCAUAAGGGAUUCAAAAAAUCCAUCUCAUCAUUGUACAUCAGCUAGUGCUUUACUCAAAUUAUUUAUAUCUUUUUGUGAUCAUGUGCGAAUGACAGAAGUGCAUGCAUUUGAUUCAUCAUUAGAGACUAUAGCACCGUUCCCUAAUAUAUUUGCUCAAUCUAUUAACCAGCAUGGAUUUGUAGAAUCAUUAUCUAGAUCAUCUACUUCUGUGGUCGCUAAAAGUACAGCUAUUAGUGGUUUACAUAACAGUAAUUCAAUGAGAGAUAUGUUUAUAGCUUUGAACGAUGAUUCAAGUAAAGUAAAAGGUUCAAAAUUGAGUCACAUGUUUAACUAUGGAAUUGAUGUAAUGGAUUAUAAAGAAACUAUUGAAAAUCUUCUUGUUUUGAGUGAUAAUUAUUUAAUAAACGACUGUUUGUAAUUUGAACAAAUAAUAUAAUUAGUUUUUUCCGAAAAUUAUAUGUUAAAUGAUUUAAAUUUAAAAUAAAUAAAAACAUUUUUACGAUUUAUAAACAA